AUGCUUGAUUCAAUCCAGGAGUGGAAGGGAGAUCCAACUGAUCCCAGAAACAAACAAUUUGCGGCAGAUUUGCAGGCCUUUCAAAAUCAAAGAAAGUACCUUCUUGCUCAAAUUGGCGCACUACUCGACAAAUGGCUUUCAAGACGUCUGCCAGCCUUCCAUCUGCUUCAAUUUCUCUCACAAUUCGAGACAAGAAUCUCUGAUCCGAGUCUAGAUUUUGGUUUUCGGUACGAAUACAUACUUCGAGUUUAUGGUCAAGAGUUGGAGCACAUACGAGAUGUCUACGAAGCAGAUAAAAGAGCACCCCCUCUGGAACGUAGAAUGACGCCAGUUGCCGGGCGAAUUCGUUGGUCUAGGGCUCUACUUCAAAGAAUUCGACAGCCUCUAGAUGUUAUUAGUGAAAGACGUCCUAGCGCUUUGGAGACCCCUGAGGCUCAAAAGCAAGUUAAACGCUUUAAUCAACUUGCAACUACGCUGGUAAAGUAUGAGGCAGUGACUUAUCACAAGUGGGUGAAAAACUUGGAAACCGCGACAACAGAAUUGCUUGAAACACCUCUGCUAGUUCAAGUAGAAGAGAGCUUGAAUUUCAUGGUUAAUCUCCCCUCCUCGGCUCUCUCCAUUAUACAGGAGUCUCGAAAUCUCCACAAAUUGGGUCUUACUGUGCCGAACAUUGCGUUGGAUUUGCAACUUCAGGAAAUGCGGCUCAAGAAACAUAUUGAUCGUUUAAAGGAACAAGUGUCUCGAUUUCAAAAGGUACAAUUUCUUAUAUCUCAGCAGAUGGUACCAAUUUUCAAACCCUUCUUAAAUGAUGUGGCGAAAAGUCUUUACCCUGGGGUGGUUGAUAUAACCUGGAACUCAAUGCAAUUCGAUAAUUUCAUUAAGAACGUUGGAGUCACACUGGACAAACUUGAAUUUGUUGUGAAGCAGACAAAGGACAUUCUGGAAUGUCGAAUUGAUGUUCUCUUAACUGAAAUGUCUACAAUUUCACCAAUGAACAUUAGCUCUUGCUCUGAUCUUUCUGUGGAUGAUUUUGUACAAAGACUGGCAAAGUUUAUACCUUCAACUAGUGCUGAAAAAAGCAAGCUUGUGGAGACCGCUGUCAAUGAUUUGGUUACGCUGCUGCUCAAACACCUCAGCGCUGAAUACGCUGAACAGGUUUCUCCCAGUGCCAAUUUCGAAUGUUCCACGCCAACAAAGAAAGGUCACAAAUGCACAACAUGCCUUAAUUGCCUCUUCUUUGAACUUCGCAGUCGAUUCAGUCAGAAUACUAUCGACGCUGUGAUUUCAUGUCUGCUUGCCAUUCUGGAGACCCUUCGAAAGCGUAUUCAGAUUGAAAGUGAUAACAGCAUUCACGAGGAAAUCGAGGCCUUCUUUUCCUUGGAGCUCUUUUUGGAAAUCCCCAAUAUCGUGUGUAGACCAACACUAGAUGACUUGCAGAAAGGACUCGGAAAAGCUAUUAAUCUUAUUCUCAGAAUUGCUGAUGGUGUUCAAUCCUGGGAACAUGUCAAGUACUGUCAAGCUUUAUUUAAGAAAUCUCGAAGCGUCCGUGCAAAUAGUCUUCUCAGCAGUAGUCAGGACUCUUCAAGCAUCUCAUUUCAAUCGCUUCCUUCGAAUCUCCUACGUCCUCUACGAAAAGUUGUAUUGGAGAACAAGAACAUCGUCAAAUUAGUUGCAGACGUAAACUCUUCCAUCACACAUUACUCUGGUGAUAUAUCUAGAGUCAUUAAAGACCUAAAAUCACAAUUCUCUGACCUCUGGAAAGAUGCCGAUCCCGAGAGUUCGGCUAGAGAAUUCAUAGACAAGAAGCCUCGGGUUUCAGAAAUUAACGAAGAAUUGAGAAAGUAUAAGGGCUUCGAAGAGAGUGCCUUGAAAUUACCAGAAGAGUACAAAAUAGGUUCACUCUCCAUCAAAACAAGUACGCUUAAAGAGGGCUUGAUAAUGGAGUGUCGUUCCUGGAGAUGGGCAAUUGGAAGCGCAGUAAAUGCCAAGUAUGGCGAAGAAAUGACUUCCAUCUUUAGUAAAUUGGAAGAACUGCUAAAGAAGCUUCAGUGUCCGAUAAAAGAUUUAGAUGAUGUGCGCGCUCAAAUGGCCGCCCUUGACGAGUUUCGCCAAUCAGAAAUUGACCUUCAGAUGUUAAGCAUUGAUCCAAUGACAAAGGCCUUUGCUUUAUUAGCAACUUACGAUAUUCACUUUAGCGACGGAAAUGCUGAAAGAGUUGAGACCCUUGCUUACACCUUUCAGAAAUUGCAAAAUCAAGCUAGCACUUCUACCACUCAUCUCUUGUCGAUUCAGCCAACAUUCAGAGCUGAAUUAUGUACUGGAAUUGAACAAUUCAAGAAAGACAAUGAGCUAUUCACCUCUGAUUAUCACUCAAAGGGACCUAUGGAACAAAGUAUUGAUCCCCGUGAAGCAUCAGACCGUUUAACCCUCUUCCAAGCGCGGUUUGAUGACUUAUGGGCGAGUUAUGAAACCUAUUCGGAUGGUGAACGGUUAUUUGGCCUUCCUGUUCGUGAAUAUCCAGAUCUCCAUGAAAUAAAAAAGGAACUUGCAUUGCUUCAGAGGUUGUACCAAUUAUACAAUACCGUAUUAGACACUGUCGGUGGUUAUUAUAAUACCCCUUGGGCAGAAAUCGAUAUCGAAGCAAUCAAUCAACAACUGGCCGACUUUCAGGCUAGAUGUAGACGUCUACCUAAAGCUCUGAAGGAAUGGCCAGCGUAUGAAGCACUGCAAAAGAAGAUCGAUGAUUUUAAUGAGACAUGUCCACUGUUAGAAAUGAUGGUAAAUAAAUCGAUGUUGCCUCGACAUUGGAAAAGAAUUGAAGAAGUGACUGGAGGUAACUUAGAUGUCUACGCAGAAGGAUUCCUGCUAAAGAAUCUAAUGGAUGCUCCACUAUUAGAACACAAAGAAGAAAUUGAGGACAUAUGUACCUCUGCGGUAAAAGAGCUUGACAUUGAAGCUAAACUAAAGUCAAUAAUCAACGAUUGGACUGCUCAAGACUUUCAGUUCUCCAUGUUUAAGAACCGAGGUGAAUUGUUGUUCAAAGGAGAUGUUGCGAUUGAGGCGAUAGCGCUUUUGGAAGACUCACUCAUGGCUUUAGGAUCGCUACUAUCUAACCGAUAUAACACUCUUUUCAAACCUCGUAUUCAAGAAUGGGUUCACAAGCUCACCACGACAAAUGAGGUCAUUGAGAGCCUAUUCCAAGCCCAGAAUCUCUGGGUUUAUUUAGAAGCUGUAUUUGUUGGUGGUGAUAUAGCUAAACAGCUUCCACAAGAAGCCAAACGUUUUGCAAGCAUAGACAAAACUUGGCAAAGAGUGGUUCAGCGCGCUCACGAAACAACCAACAUUGUGGCUUGUUGUACGUCUGAUGAAACUCUCACUCAGGUCCUCAAUCAUCUCCUAGAGCAACUAGAAGUCUGUCAGAAAUCAUUGACAGGUUACUUGGAGGCCAAACGUCUCGUAUUUCCAAGAUUCUUCUUUGUAUCAGACCCAGCUCUUCUGGAAAUCCUUGGUCAAGCAUCAGAUUCACAUACAAUUCAAACACAUCUACUUUCUAUCUUCGAUAGUAUCAAGACCGUCACUUUUGAUGAUAACGUAUAUGAUAAAAUUUUGGCGGUCAAUUCGACGAGUGAAUCGAUUGAGCUUGAUGGACCAGUUAUGGCUCAGGGUCAUGUUGAACACUGGUUGGAUGACCUCCUGAAGAUGUCUCAAGAAUCACUACGUCAGGUCAUUCACAGUGCCUACAAAGUGCUCAGUGAUGAAGACAACUUUGAUUUGUUUAAAUUCGAGGACUCCUUUAUCGCUCAAGUUGGUCUUCUGGGUCUUCAGUUGUUAUGGACUCGAGAGGCGGAAGAUGCUCUAAGUUGUGCAAGAUCCAAUCCAAUGGCUAUGCGAAAUGCGAAUUUGAAAUUCCUCAAGAUCUUGAAUCAACUUAUUGAGAUUACGACUAAGGAGUUGACCUCACUACAGAGGACAAAGUAUGAAACGCUCAUCACUAUUCAUGUACACCAGAAGGACAUUUUUGAUGACCUUGUGAAAAUGCGCAUUCGUUCUCCACGCGAUUUUGAAUGGUUAAAACAGUCAAGAUCCUAUUACAACGAAGAACGAGAACAAUUCGUUGUAAGUAUCACUGACGUCGAUUUCGUCUACCAAAAUGAGUUUCUCGGCUGCACCGAUCGACUUGUCAUCACACCGCUAACUGAUCGAUGCUACAUAACUCUUGCUCAAGCACUUGGAAUGUCCAUGGGCGGAGCUCCAGCAGGUCCUGCAGGGACAGGCAAAACGGAGACUGUGAAAGACAUGGGACGAUGUCUGGGCAAGUACGUGGUGGUAUUUAACUGCUCGGAUCAAAUGGACUACCGCGGUUUGGGCCGAAUCUACAAGGGCUUGGCUCAAUCAGGCGCAUGGGGCUGUUUUGAUGAAUUUAAUCGGAUUGAGUUGCCUGUGCUCUCAGUAGCCGCUCAACAGAUAGCAAUUGUAUUGGCGUGCAAGAAAGAGAGGAAGAAGCAGUUCGUCUUCAGUGAUGGUGAUGUGGUUGACAUGGAUCCAGGCUUUGGAAUCUUUCUCACUAUGAAUCCAGGAUACGCUGGACGCCAAGAGUUGCCGGAGAAUUUGAAAAUAAACUUCCGGACAGUCUCAAUGAUGGUUCCCGAUAGGCAGAUCAUUAUUCGUGUAAAGUUGGCAGCCUGCGGCUUCCUGAAGAACAUUGAACUGGCAGCAAAAUUCUACACCCUCUAUAAACUCUGUGAGGAGCAGCUUUCUAAACAGGUUCACUACGAUUUCGGUUUGAGAAACAUUCUUUCCGUCCUGCGUACACUCGGUGCCUUUAAACGAGCACACACUGAUCAACCGGAGUCUACCUGUGUGAUGCGAGUGCUUCGAGACAUGAAUAUAAGCAAAUUGGUUGAUGAGGAUGAACCUCUUUUCAUGUCCCUCAUUGAUGAUCUGUUCCCUGGAAUGAAACUCGACAAACAAGGCUACCCUAGUAUGGAAGCUGCCAUUAUGAAGCAGAUGGAAGAGCAAAAAUUACUCUUUCAUCCACCAUGGGUUCUAAAGCUCAUCCAAAUGUAUGAAACACAACGAGUUCGUCACGGUUUCAUGGCCUUGGGUCCAUCCGGCUCGGGGAAAACAUGCUGCAUUACCACACUUCUUGCUGCCAUGACAGCAGAGACAGGAGAUUUUUACCGGGAGAUGCGUAUGAAUCCUAAGGCCAUCACAUCUCCCCAAAUGUUUGGGCGUCUAGAUGUAGCGACCAAUGAUUGGACAGAUGGUAUUUUCUCAACCUUGUGGCGUAGAACCACUAGAAUGAAGAAGAAUGAGCACUGUUGGAUUGUUCUCGAUGGGCCAGUUGAUGCUAUUUGGAUUGAAAAUUUGAACUCUGUGCUUGAUGACAAUAGAACCCUAACAUUAGCCAACGGCGAUAGAAUUCCUAUGGCUCCUAAUGCGAAAAUCGUGUUUGAGGUGCAUAAUAUUGACAAUGCUUCGCCUGCAACAGUGUCAAGAAAUGGAAUGAUUUAUAUGUCAAGCUCGAUUUUGGAUUGGAAACCGAUUAUGCGGGCAUGGCUACUGCGUAAAAACCCAAAAAUGAAGGAGGUCGUGAUGAAUGUCUUGGAGAAAUUCUUUGAUGAUUCUUACCGUUAUGUAAUAGAAAACCUGAAUCCUAAAAUGGAGCUCCUUGAAUGCAACUAUAUCAAGCAAAUUAUUGAUUUAUUGGAAGGGCAACUUCAAGAUCGGGAUGAAAAGGACUUGUCAGACGAUCACUUAUCAAAACUUGUCAUUUUCGCAGCUAUGUGGGCACUUGGUGCUCCGCUAGAGCUCGAAGAGCGAAGUAAACUGGAGAAUCUUCUUCGAAGUAACCACGCUGAUCUUCCCUUACCUAAAAUAUCUAAUGAUGAUAAGUCGCAGACAAUGUUCGAAUUCCUAGUCGAUGCUGAGGGUAAUUGGACACAUUGGAGCAGCAAAGUCGCCGAUUACGUCUAUCCACACGACACAACACCCGAUUAUACAAAAAUUCUCGUGCCAAAUGUGGACAAUACAAGAACUGAGUUUCUUAUUCAUACGGUUGCAAAGCAAUCAAAACCAGUGCUUUUGAUUGGGGUUCAGGGAAGCGCAAAAACAGUGAUGGUCAGGAGCUAUUGCAGUCGAGCUGAUCCAGAAACGAAUUUGCUUAAGACGAUAAAUUUCUCCUACGCAACAACACCGAAUAUGUUCCAGAAGAUUGUGGAGAGUUUCGUGGAAAAGCGAGUUGGUUCGACUUUUGGUCCCCCGGUGGGCAAGAGGUUAACGAUUUUCAUUGAUGAUGUCAACAUGCCAGUGGUAAAUGAAUGGGGUGAUCAAGUGACGAACGAAAUUACCAGACAGAUGAUGGAAAUGGGAGGUUUCUAUAACCUUGAAAAACCUGGGGAUUUCACAAAUAUUAUAGAUGUUCAAGUUAUUGCAGCAAUGAUACAUCCGGGAGGUGGUCGAAAUGACAUUCCACAGCGCUUGAAACGUCAGUUUUCAGUAUUCAAUUGCACCCUUCCCAGCGAUACUUCCAUGGACAGGAUCUUUAGCUGCUUAGCGGAAGGACACUUUUGUGAAGAACGUGGUUUCUCUCCCGAUGUACGAGAGCUGGCAAAGGUGUUGGUAACCGCCACACGCCUCCUUUGGCAACGAGUCAAAGCAAAGAUGCUUCCCACACCUGCAAAAUUCUAUUACGUCUUCGAUUUGAGAGAUCUUUCAAGAAUUUGGCAAGGUAUGCUACGGGCAAAAUCUGAAGCUAUAUCUUCUUCAAAACUACUCAUCUCACUAUGGUGGCAUGAAACCACUAGAGUUAUUGCUGAUCGGUUCAUGGAUUUGGACGAAAAGAAGUGGUUCGUUGAGACACUGGAAAUGCUUGGCAAAGAAGCUGGAGGUGAUGAAAUAGUCUCCGAACUGAGCUCCGAAGAACCUUUCUUUGUUGAUUUUUUGAGAGACCCACCGGAUGCAACUGGUGAUGAACCAGACGACUUUGUUUUUGAGGCCCCAAUAAUUUAUGAACCAGUGGAAAGCUUAGAAGCUUUAGCAAAAAGACUGACAUAUUUCCAGGCAAGUGUAACUCUAGCUAUGUAUAACGAGGCAACACGCGGAGCCAAGUUUGAUUUAGUUUUCUUUACAGACGCCAUGGUGCAUUUGGUGAAAAUUAGCAGAAUUCUUCGAACGCCCAAAGGCCAUGCUUUGUUAGUAGGAGUUGGAGGUUCUGGAAAGCAGUCGCUAACAAGGCUUGCCUCGUUCAUUGUCGGCUAUGAAACCUUCCAGUUAACUCUAACGAGAUCUUAUAACGUAGCAAAUCUGAUGGAUGACCUAAAACUCCUCUACCGUUUGGCAGGUCACCAGGAUAAAGGUGUUACCUUUAUACUCACAGACAAUGAGGUUAAAGAGGAGGCCUUUUUAGAACCGCUAAAUAACAUGCUAGCCUCUGGUGAGGUUGCUGGUCUAUUUGCUCGAGAUGAAAUGAAUGAAAUUCUUGGUGACUUGGUUCAGCCAAUGAGACGUGAGUUCCCUCGACUCCCACCUACCAAUGAGAAUCUCCAAGAUUAUUACCUGCUCCGUGUGACCCGUAAUCUCCACGUAUGUCUCUGCUUCUCCCCAAUCGGACAGAAGUUUCGAACGCGAAGUCUGAGAUUCACAAGUCUGAUCUCGGGCUGUACGAUGGAUUGGUUCCAGUCAUGGCCUAAAGAGGCGCUGGUUGCUGUGUCGAAGCAUUUCUUAGAAGAUUUCGAUAUCGUCUCUAGGUCUGAAGCGACACCUGUCAAAUCUGCGCUGGUUAAUAUUAUGGGAACGUUCCAUGAUCGCGUGUCGAUUGCUUGUCAAGACUACUUUCAAAAAAUGCGUCGGCAGACUUACGUCACUCCAAAAUCCUACCUCUCCUUCCUUGCCUCAUAUAAAGCAACCUACUCAUCAAAACGUAGGGAAAUCGAGGCUUUAGCUGGAAGAAUGGUCUCCGGUCUCGAAAAGCUUUCAGAAGCUACAGAAGCCGUAAACCGACUUUCCGAAGGUCUGACAAUGAUGGAGAAGGAACUUGCGGCUGCUAACACAAAAGCGGAGAAAGUGCUGACUCGGGUUAAGCAGCAGGCCAGUGCAGCACAAGCUGUGAAGGAACAAGUUCAGGUUGUGAAGGAUAAAGCCGAAACCCUUGUUAAAGCAAUCGAAAAAGAUAAAGGAAUUGCGGAGGAGAGGCUAGAAGCUGCUAGACCAGCACAGGAAGAAGCUGAAGAAGCUUUGAAAACUAUUAAACCUGCGCAUAUUGCCACGGUGCGUAAAUUGGGCAGACCACCUCAUCUUAUCAUGCGGAUCAUGGAUUGUGUCCUCAUUCUAUUUCGAAAACCACUAGAUGCUGUGACUCCUGAUCCCGAGAAAUCUUGUCCAAAACCAUCAUGGGCGGAGGCUCUAAAACUAAUGGGAAAUACUGCAUUUCUGUCGACUCUGCUUAACUUUCCAAAGGAUACGAUAACUGACGAAACAGUGGAUUUAAUGAAUCCUUAUUUCGAAAUGGACGACUUUAAUCUGGAACAAGCUAAACGUGUUUGUGGCGACGUGGCUGGCCUUUGUUCAUGGACUAAAGCAAUGGCCGCAUUCUUCGCUGUGAAUAAAGAAGUUCUUCCACUAAAGAAUAAUCUGGUUAUUCAAGAAACGCGCUUAGCACAAGCGAAUUCGGAACUAAGUAAUGCUCAAGCCCAGUUAGACGAAAAGCAAGCUGAGUUAGAUCGCGUCCAAGCUGAAUACGAUAAGGCAUUGGAAGAGAAACAGAAGUUAGCUGAUGACGCUGAAGCUUGCCGAAGGAAAAUGGACAAUGCUACAGCUCUUAUUGAAGGCCUUUCAGGUGAGAAGAUUCGAUGGACCGAUGCCAAGGCUCAAUUUCAAACUCAAAUUGAGAAUUUGGUUGGAGAUGUUCUUCUGGCCACAGCAUUCCUUUCUUAUGCUGGUCCCUUUAAUCAAGAAUUUCGGAACCUUCUCAAUCAACAGUGGCAUAAUGAACUAUCUCGAACCCAUAUACCUAGGUCACCUGAUUUAAGUAUAGUUAAUAUGCUUGUUGAUAAUACAACUCUUGGAGUGUGGAAUCUCCAAGGAUUACCUGGAGAUGACUUAUCUAUCCAGAAUGGGAUGAUUGUGACUAUCGCCAGUCGGUACUCAUUACUGAUUGAUCCACAAGGUCAGGGUAAGGCUUGGAUAACGAAUAAAGAGUCUGAUUCAAAUCUCCUGGUGAGCUCCUUGAAUCACAAAUACUUCCGUAACCAUUUGGAAGAUGCCUUAUCACAAGGUCGUCCUCUAUUAAUAUCUGAUGUUGGUGAAGAGCUUGAUCCUGUACUGGAUCGUGUUCUAGAGAGGGAUUUUGUGAAGGUUGGAACGACCUACAAGGUCAAAGUCGGUGACAAGGAAUGUGAUGUUGAUGUGAAGAAAUUCCGACUGUAUCUGACGACCAAGCUGCCAAAUCCCUCAUAUAGUCCAGAGGUGUUUGCUAGUACUUCUAUUGUUGAUUUCACUGUUACACAGAGGGGUUUGGAAGACCAACUUUUACGCAUAGUCAUUAUGACAGAAAAGAAGGAACUUGAAGCUGAACGCACCAACCUGCUUGAAGAGGUCACAACCAACAAGCAGAAAGUUAAGGACCUAGAGGACAACCUUCUUCUCCGACUCACUUCCACAGAAGGCAGCUUGGUGGAGGAUGAAUCGUUGAUCAAAGUUCUUCGUACUACCAAAGCUACAGCAGAAGAGGUGAGAACGAAACUCUCCAUAGCCGCCGAGACGGAAGUAAAAAUUAAUUCCUCCCGCGAGGAGUACCGCCCAGUUGCUACAAGAGGAUCUGUUCUCUAUUUUCUCAUUGUCGAAAUGUCUAUGGUGAAUGUGAUGUACCAGACGUCAUUGCGGCAAUUCCUCGAAAGGUUUGAUUUAUCAAUGGCCAAGUCUCCGAAAUCCUCAAUCACACAAAAGCGCAUUAAGAGUAUCAUCGAUUACCUCAUGUUAGAUGUCUUCCGUUACAUUGCCAGGGGGUUAUAUGAAAAGGACAAGUUUACUUUCACUCUCCUCUUGGCCUUGAAAGUGGCUCUUCAAGAGAAGAAAGUUUCGCCUGAAGAGCUUCAGAUAUUUAUUAAAGGUGGCGCGGCUCUGGACUUGAACGCGGUUGAACCGAAGCCAAGGCCGUGGAUUCAGGAUAUGACUUGGCUCAAUCUAGUGGAACUCAGCAAACUCUCUGCGUUUUCCAAUAUUCUGAAGGAUAUUCCACGAAAAGAAAAGUCGUGGAAGUGCUGGUUUGAUAGCGACGCUCCAGAGGACAAUCCACUUCCAGGAACCUAUGAAGUUUCCCUCGAGCGUCAAACAUUUAAACGUCUUCUACUGGUGCGUUGUUGGUGCUUGGAUCGUUGUUCGCCCAUGGCCAGACGCUAUAUUGGGGAACUUCUCGGCAAAGGCUUUGUGGAACCUGUCAUCACAGAUUUAGAGGCAAUGGUCCAAGAGGAUUCGGAUUCCCACACUCCACUAAUCUGUUUCCUUUCUAUGGGAUCUGAUCCAACUGAGAAUAUUGAGCGUCUGGCAAAGAGAUUAGGAUUGGUUUGUGAUACAAUUUCCAUGGGUCAGGGUCAAGAAGUGCAUGCGCGAAAACUACUUUCGAGUAGUAUGGCGGAGGGGAAAUGGGUGCUACUGCAGAACUGCCACCUUGGAUUGAACUUCAUGGAUGAACUUUUUGAUCUGGUGAGUAAAGCUGAAUUGUUUAUGCUAAGGAGUGAAGACUGGAGGAUGUGUUUUACUUUAACGAUCUCUGAUUAUCGGAAGAUCUGCGUUAACUCAAGUUUAUUUUUCCUUUUGCACGGUAUUUAG